GCGCCACAACCACGCCCAUCUCCCCUGCUGGACUCGGGGUAAAGUCACCGUCCAGGUCCGCUGAGGCGCUUCUGCUCUGGCCACAAAACCGGCACCAUGCCCUUGACACUUGGUUACUGGGACAUCCGCGGGCUGGCUCAUGCCAUCCGUCUGCUCCUGGAAUACACAGACUCCAGCUAUGAGGAGAAGAGAUACACGAUGGGGGAUGCUCCUGACUAUGACCGAAGCCAGUGGCUCAGUGAGAAGUUCAAGCUGGGCUUGGACUUCCCUAAUCUGCCCUACUUGAUAGAUGGACCUCACAAGAUCACCCAGAGCAAUGCCAUCCUGCGCUACAUUGCUCGCAAGCACAACCUGUGUGGGGAGACAGAAGAGGAGAAGAUUCGUGUGGACAUUUUGGAGAACCAGGCUAUGGAUGUCUCUAAUCAGCUAGCCAGAGUCUGUUACAGCCCAGACUUUGAGAAACUGAAGCUAGAGUACUUGGAACAGCUCCCUGGAAUGAUGAAUCUCUUCUCAGAGUUCCUGGGGAAGCGACCAUGGUUUGCAGGGGACAAGAUCACCUUUGUGGAUUUCCUGGCUUAUGAUAUUCUUGACUUGCACCGUAUAUUUGACUCCAAAUGCUUGGACACAUUCCCAAACCUGAAGGACUUCAUUUCCCAUUUUGAGGGAUUGAAGAAGAUCUCUGCCUACAUGAAGACCAGCCGCUUCCUCCCAGCACCUUUGUAUACAAAGGUGGCCACAUGGGGCAAUAAAUAGAACUUUGAGAUGAUGAAAUGAGGAGCUCAUUUCUCUGCUGCCUGGGACUCUGCGAAGGAGCUGGACCCCUGCAGCCCUAGACCGAAACAGAUGGUAGCCACCUACAGAGGCACGGGGCAGGAGUUGAGCACCGCUAGAUAGAUCAUAGUCAUGCAUAGUUAAAGCACUACUGUUGGUACAAAUAAUUCUUGAUUAUAACACCUUUUACAUUGUUCAUUUUCUUCCUUUAAAUGGCUUGAUACUGUUGGGAAGUAGAACUGACUCCUGUUAAGCAUUUUAACAGCUGUUAAAGGCAGCUGGAGCCUGGCUGCCUUGAGCAAAGGACGAGUAGCUACCCUCAUGCCACCCUAGUCAUGUGGAGCCUAAAACAUGACUCUGAUGCCAGAAUGCACUGACCAGCAAGCAGCUUGUAUUGGACGUUUGCCACCACAAGCCUUUGUGAGUUCUAGAAGACUAUGGUGACUCUCACCCAGGCUAGCCAGGGUACACCUCAUUCUCCUAGUGGCCCAGCAGAAGACUUGUGAUUGGUGCAAACUAAACCAUUUGCAUGAAGGGACUACAGUGAUUGGUGUAGACCCAUGGCAAGCCCUGUCUUACUAUGUAAGCCCUAUCUUACUGUAUAAGGCUCAAAUAAAGAGUGAUUUUCUU